GAACCCACUCCAAGGUGGUACUUCUGUCUGAAGAUGGCAAGAUUCUGGCAGAAACAGAGGGGCCCUGCACCAACCACUGGCUGGUUGGCUCAGACAGGUGCCUGGAAAGGAUCAAUGCCAUGGUUAAUGAAGCCAAAGGGAAGGCCGGAGCCAACCUGCAGGUUCCUCUUCGCUCUCUGGGUCUCUCUCUGAGUGGAGGAGAGCAGAAGGAGGCCAUCAAGAAGCUCAUCGAGGAGAUGAAGACCCGCUUCCCCCACCUGAGCGAGAAUUACUACAUCACGACCGAUGCCAUCGGCGCCAUGGCCACGGCCACCAACCAUGGUGGAGUGGUGCUCAUCUCUGGAACGGGCUCCAACUGCAAGCUGAUCAACCCGGACGGCUCUCAGAUCAGCUGUGGAGGAUGGGGCCACAUGAUGGGGGACGAGGGCUCAGCUUACUGGAUCGCUCACCAGGCAGUGAAGAUUGUGUUUGAUGGCUUGGACAACCUCGAGGUUCCCCCUCAUGACAUCAGCUACAUCAAACAAGCCAUGUUUGAUUACUUCCAGGUCUCUGACAGGAUGGGCCUUCUGACUCAUCUCUACAGGACCUUUGAGAAGUCCAAGUUCGCAGGCUUUUGCCAGAAGCUGGCUGAAGGGGCUGAGCUGGGAGACCCCCUGUGCUGCUACAUCUUCAAGAAAGCUGGAGAGGUCCUGGCCCGGCACAUUGUCGCUGUGCUGCCCAAAAUUGACCAGAGCCUCUUCCAAGGUGACCUGGGAUUGCCCAUUGUGUGCGUUGGAUCCGUGUGGAACAGCUGGGAAAUGAUGAAAGAAGGGUUCGUCCAGGUCCUUGACCAAGCCCGCAACGAGCACCCCGGCAGCGCCUUUUCCAGGUUCAGCCUCCUGAAGCUGAAACAGUCCUCGGCCCUGGGAGGGGCCAGCCUGGGCGCCAGGCACAUUGGCCAAGACGUGCCCCUCGAUUACACCGCCAAUGUGGACGUCUUCUACACACACUCCUUCGCUUAAGAAACGGGGGCAGAGCCUGUGAGCGGCCACCCGCCCAUUCUCCACGUCAUCCCUUGCAACUUUUUUACAUUCAGGUUGUCUUCUCUGUCUUGAAAAGAACCAUGUUGGACUUUUUGUAUGGGCAUACUUCUUACCCUUCAUUAAUAAAAAAGCAAGACCACACA